AUGGAACUCCAACUACUUAUAGCUGUGUUAUUCGCCUCAGUGAUUGCUGUAAACAGUUUGAAACCAGGAGACUGUGAAGUUUGCAUCAAGACUCUGGACAAGUUUGCUGCAACCCUCUCAGAUAAAGAUAGAAAAGAUCCCAAAAAAAUAGAAGCAGAAUUCAAAGUGUUUUGUAAGAGUACAAAGAAUAAGGAGAACAGAUUUUGCUAUUACCUCGGAGGCCUAGAAGAGAGCGCCACAGGGAUAUUGGGCGAAAUGUCCAAACCCAUGUCCUGGUCAAUGCCCUCGGAAAAAAUCUGCGAAAAACUGAAGAAAAAGGACGUGCAAAUCUGCGAGUUGCGCUACGACGUGCAAAUCGACUUGAAAACUGUGGACCUCAAGAAACUGAAAGUGAGGGACCUCAAGAAGAUCCUCAACGAUUGGGGAGAGGAGUGUGAAGGGUGCAUAGAGAAGAGCGAGUACUUGCAGAGGAUAGAAGAGCUCAAGCCAAAACACACGGAACUGUGA